AUGGCAGACGGUGUAUUGCAACUCGUGUGCGAAUGCAAGCAUGACCCAUGGGGCAAACAAGGCCAAAGUUCACUUGCUGGACGCCUUUGGUCGCAUAUGCCUGACGCAGGAGAGCUGGACAACUCAGAGACAUACUCUGAGAUGUGGAUGGGUACAUAUCCUUCUGUGCCAUCUCGAAUUCGCUCUACUGGAAAGCUCCUCUCCGAGCACCUCAAGAACAAUCCCGAUCUUGUUGGGCAGUCAGUUUGCGAAUCUAGAUACGGGCCUGACAUCCCGUUUCUUCCCAAGGUUCUCUCCUUUGCUAAAGCACUUCCACUACAAAUUCAUCCCGACAAAGAGCUUGCCGAGCGGCUGCACGCCAAGGACCCUGAGAAAUUUGGCGACAGCAACCACAAGCCCGAGAUCGCCAUCGCAUUAUCUCGCUUUGAGUCGUUCGUUGGAUUCAAACCUCUACACGAAAUUGCAGAGCUCAUUCGGCUGGAGCCAUUGGAGCAAUUUAUCCCAGCGCACAAGAACUUUGAUGAUGAAGCUUUACGGCAACUAUGCCAGACAUUGUUAAGCUUACCCCCGGACACUGUAUCAGAGACAAUCACAAAAAUACAAGAUAUCUCUUUGUCUGAGUUUGGAAGCAAUGAGAAUGUUCCGGGGCUCCUCGAUCGGCUCAGCAAGCAAUAUUCAAAAUUCGACAACGGUAACUUGGUCGCCGCUCUUCUAAUGAACUACAUGGUUCUGGAGCCUGGAGAAGCUAUCUGUGUCCCAGCCGACGGCAUCCAUGCGUAUCUUUCGGGUGACAUUAUUGAGUGUAUGGCGCGGUCUGAUAAUGUCCUGAACACAGGCUUCUGCCCGCGCGCUGACCGUGACGAUGUCGAGUUAUUCGCACAAGCACUUACAUUCAAGCCACAUAGCCCACAAGACUCUCUUCUCCAAUCGAGAAAGAGUUCGAUCGGACUGAAAGGAAAAUCAGUGGAAUAUGCGCCCCCGAUUAGCGAGUUCAAUGUCUUGGGUGUGACUUUGUCUCCCACGGAGUCUGAGAAGCACCGGGUGCUUGGAAGUCCAAGUAUCUUAGUUGUGACUCAAGGCUCUGCAAAGAUGAAUGUGGGUGAUGGAUCACUCCAUGAUAUUGGGGAGGGAGAUGUCUAUUUUGCCGCAAAGGACGCCGAGUUGGAAUUUUCGACAAAAAAGGGAUUGACUUUGUAUCGAGCGUAUGCAACGUUCUGA